CGCAUUCAAUUUGUCAAAUAAAAUGAUUGCAAAAAAAAUACUCACAAUAUUGCUGUGUUGCCUACACUGUAAACUAAAGGCGCCAAAAUGCGAUGAUUAUCCGUACUCAGAAAGUUAGAAGACAAUAGAACGCAAAGUUGAAUUUUUUACGGUUUUUAAAUGUAUUCAUUUCGAUGUUUUAACUAUAAAAACUUAUAGGAUAUCUGUUUAUAAGUAGUUUAGUGGCAUUUCCGUGCUUAAUUCUUUGUAAUUUGGUUGUGAAUAAAUAUGGAUUGGAUUCAUUGCAACUCGUGUUUCGUUCAACCUACAGGCAGAGAAAAUGGAAACACGACCAAAACACAGUUUCAUUUGACCAGCUGCGGUCAUAUAUUUUGUGAUAACUGCAGUUGUUUUGCGGACGGAACAUUAGAUUGCUGCAAAUAUUGUAGGAAUAAAUGUUCAUCUACUAUGAUAGGAGAAAAGUCAUUUAAAACAAACUCGCAAGUUUUAGAAUAUUUCCAAGAACCAGAAGAAAUUCACGAAAAAUUGCUCAAAGUAAUGAAAUUCCAAAAAGCGCAUCGUAUUAAAUUAGUUGGUCAUCAUCAGUACAUUAUAUCGAAAUAUAAUAGAGCAAAAUUAUAUAUUAAAAAACUUGAAGGUGAACUAAAGAUUGCUAAGAAUGCAUUGCGGAAUACACCACAAAAUCCACAUAGCAUUACAGAAACUCGAUCCAUUUCAACCCCAAUUUUUCAACUAAAUUCAACUCCAUUUAAUAUGAUUAAUGAAGAAGCAAAAAUUCAUAAUACUCCUGCAAAAAUGAAAACAAAAAUUCCUGAUAUGAGACAUAGGAAACAGUCAUUUCGAAAUGAAUUAUCAAUUUUAUCUACGGGAAGUAAUGCAUCAGGAGUUUCUACACCAGGUUCUUCAGUUUACGCAAGUCCUGCACAAGAAAUUUGCAAUGAAAAGUACAUGCCUACAAUAGAUAACUUACAAUUAAAUUCAUUUGGACAAAAGUAUCUAAAAAAUAAUUCAAAAGACCUAUAA